AAAGCAGUAGGGUUUUGCUGUGCUGUCUCUAAACAUUUGGCGCGUCAGUUGAGCAGACACUCGGAUUAUACAGCAUGAAGACUAUAUUGUCAUCGGAGACGAUGUACAUACCCGAUGGGGUUAAGAUCAAAGUUAAUGCCAAGAUUAUAGAGGUUGAAGGUCCUAGAGGCAAGCUUACCCGUAACUUCAAGCAUUUAAAUCUCGAUUUUCAGCUCAUCAGAGAUGAGGCAACUGGAAAAAGAAAGCUCAAGAUCGAAGCUUGGUUUGGCUCUAGGAAGACCAGCGCCGCCAUCCGCACCGCCCUUAGCCACGUUGAGAAUUUGAUCACCGGUGUCACUAAGGGAUAUCGCUACAAGAUGCGUUUUGUUUAUGCUCACUUCCCCAUCAACGCCUCCAUUACCAGUUCCAACAAUGCUAUUGAGAUCCGUAACUUCCUUGGCGAGAAGAAGGUAAGGAAAGUUGACAUGCUGGAGGGUGUAACUGUUGUUCGAUCAGAAAAGGUUAAGGAUGAGUUGAUAUUGGAUGGCAAUGACAUUGAACUUGUUUCGCGUUCUGCUGCCCUCAUAAACCAGAAAUGUCAUGUUAAGAACAAAGAUAUCCGGAAGUUCCUGGACGGCAUCUAUGUCAGUGAGAAGGGCACGGUAGUUGGAGAAGAAUAAGAGCAGCAUUUAUACUUAUCUCUGUUGUUUCCAUAUUGAGGGGUUAAUAGUUUUUGUUGUCUCUGCUUUUAACCCGAACAUGGAGAUAUAUUUUUGGUUGUUUCAUAGGAAUCACUGGAUUAUAAAUUUUUGGAUAUUUGGCAUCUCUUAUAUUCUUAAAUGUUGUAUUGCUCUUUUAAUUUCUGUUUUGCCUGCCACCUCUAUGCAUUUAAAAGUCGAAUUGUGGGAA